AUGUCCAAUCAAAAUUUAAAAUUAGAUAAAUAUGUGAACGUGACGUCAUCGUUGACAUCCUCGUCACCUUCGCCGUAUGCGUUUAAACUCUUUGACUACCAUCACCACCCUACGACCACGAAUUAUUAUCCGAGAACGAGAUCAUCCCAAUCCUCCGAUUUUCGAUCGCCUCCCCACGAUUUAUCGAAUCCCAUAUGGGAAUAUUUCACUCUCGAAGAUGAUAAGGCAACGUGUAAAGUUUGCGGGAAAAGGAUAACGUAUCGUAACAAUGCGUACGUCACGAAUUUGGUGACGCAUUUGAGAACGAGAGGAAUCGGUCACGAUACGUCCGAAACGAAUAGUAAAAUAAGGGAAGACAUAGCUUUGAAUUAUUUGCUCACGAACAUGGCGUCGACCGUUUUUGAUAAAAAUCAACAACAAAUGGAAGAGGAAACGAAAAACGAUGAUUGA